AUGAUCUCCGUUGAGGAAGUUCAUCCCGCAUGCAAUAAUCAUGCCCUUGUCUUCGGAGCAUCCGGGAUCACGGGAUUGACGAUCGUGAAUGCCCUGCUUCACGAUUACCCCGAGCGCGCAUGGCUGUCUUCGCCCAUGCUGCAACACGUUGAGGGACUGAAUCUGCUCCAAGGAACGCAUGAAGAGCCCAACGCCCAAAUCAAUUCCAGUGUGCCCGACGUGAGUUCCAUCACAACCGUCUUCUGCGCGUACCUCGAGGAACGCGACAUGGAGGCUAAAACCACAACCAACACAAGACUGCUCAAGAGGGCAGUCUCAGCCGUUGAGGCUCCAAGCUCAGAAUUGCGAUUCGUGAUGAUAACCUGGGUGUCAAGGUAUGCCGUAUGCAAGAGCGUGCACAUCUUCUGCACAAAUGCUGCGUCUCCACUCCACUAA